AAAUGACCCUUUUAUUCCCAUGAAUCGAGAAACUUCAUAGUUCCACUCAAACCUUCACGAGUUUUCUCAAAAAUUCAAUCCAUCCCUUCAUCUUCUCCUAUAUAAACCACUUCACUCUCAACAUUCUUCAAUCAUCAUCUCAUAACAGCAAAAACCAAAGUGAAAUCACUGCAAAUUCGAUCAAAUAAAGAUAUCUCAUCAAUUAAUCUCAAAAAUGGCGAGCAAUGCAUUGAAUUGCGGUGCAAUCUGUUCACCAAUUGUUUCAAACACAAGUUGUAGGAAAUUGGGUAGUUUAGGGCCAUGUUCAGUGUCAUUUCCAGCACCCAAAAAAGCUUCAGUACAGUCUCGUAUGGCAGUAAGAGCUCAACAAGCUGGUGGCGAGAAUAAAGAGGGUAGUCAUCAUGUUGAUGUACAAGUACAAAAAAACAACCCUAACCACAACCAAUCCACUUAUGUUGAGCGCCGCCCUCGGCGCCUUGCUGUCGAUAUAUCUCCUUUCGGAUUGAUCGACUCAUUUUCCCCAAUGAGAUCGAUGCGCCAAAUGAUAGACACAAUGGACCGUCUGUUAGAAGACACGAUGGCAAUGCCAAGUGGUACGGGCUCGAUUCGAGCACCAUGGGACGUCAUGGAAGAUGAAAACGAGAUCAAGAUGAGGUUCGACAUGCCGGGACUGACCAAGGAAGACGUCAAAGUAUCAGUAGAAGAUAACAUGCUAGUGAUCAAAGGAGAGCACAAGAAGGAAGAAGGAUCAGGUGAUCAAAACUCAUGGGGUAAAAGAAGUUAUAGUUCUUACAAUACUAAACUUCAGUUACCUGAGAAUUGUGAAGUAGAUAAGAUUAAGGCGGAAUUGAAGGAUGGUGUUCUUUACAUAUCUAUUCCUAAGACUAAGGUUGAACGCAAGGUUAUCGAUGUGCAUAUCCAGUGAAGUUGAAUGGGUUAUCAUUCCAUGGAGACAACACUCAAAAAGUAUAGAAUUUAUGACUGAAUAAUGUAUUAAUAUGUAUGUGUUUUUACAGUUUAUUUCUAGUUUAUUGAAGUUGUACAGUUUAUAGAUAUAUAUAUUAAUAUAAUGUGAGGAAUUAUACUUUAUCUUAGA